AUGAUACUGGGAGAUUUUGCCACAUUUUCCUUGGCUUUACUCAGCAUAAUUGGUGCAUGCGUUGCCGAAACCGAAAUACCUCCUAAGAAUGCCGUGGAUAUUUCACUAGCAGCUUCUUGGAAUAGAACACCUUACAAGUUGAACGUUCUUGAAGCAGCAGCUUCAGUAAAUGAAUCACUAUACGAACCUCUAGUCCUUAAACUCUUGAAUAUUGAGCCAGACUACGACAAUGGGGAAUUCAAUGCAGAUGAGGAUUAUAUAGAAGUCUCGGAUUCCGAUUUCUUAAACCACGCAAUGUCACUUUUGCAUGGUGACUAUGAGAAAUACAUGUUCAAUCUUCAGUUGUCCAAUCAUCUCUCCACUGCAAGAAUCAAUGCUCAUUUCCAGUAUUAUAAUACUUCUGUGAAAGACACACAUGAAUGUGACGUUGACGCGGUUUUGUUUGAGCCAUUGGGUCCCUCUCCACAGCAUUAUUGCGAUCCCGAUGCUGCAUUUAUGUUACAAAACGCUAAUUAUGCAUUUAUUUUUGAUACUUUCAAACUCCCGUUUGAUAGGAGGCUAGGGUCGACGUUUACUCCUUCCUCGUAUAUUAUAUAUGGUGAUUACAGAGAUGAAACGUUUAGAAAAAUGUUUCUCAACAUGUAUCAAUUUGCUGGCACUGGCAAGUUAAAUCUUGUUUGGAGGUACGUCAACACCCAUCCGGAUAAUCGGCCAGAAUUAUUGGCUGGAUAUGGUGCAGCGUUGAAUUUGAAAAAGACAGACUAUAUUGCUAUCGACGAUAGUGGAUUCACGCAAGAACAAGAAAGUAAGUUGCUUGAGCUUGGUUCUAAUAAUAAGGAUGAAACGGUGAAUAUCACCGAUAUUUACAGACACAAUUUUGAAAAAGUACAGAAAGUUGACCUUGAAGAUCUAUCAACGAUUGGUUUAAAAUUUACCAAAUUAAUUAGUGAAUCAAAAUCCCAGUUUAAAGAUCUGAUGACUAUACUUGCCGAAUUUCCAAAAUAUGCGAGAACCAUCAGUAAAAUCGGCUAUUCUGAAGAUGAACUGAAAGCUGUUGCUGGUGUAGCCGAUGAAGAUUAUGGAAAAUUUGUCGAGAAUGGUAUAUAUAUUAAUGAUGCCUUGGUGCCUGUCGAAAAGACAGAUCUUUUUGAGAUAUUUAGGGCCAUCAAGCGAGAGGUUUCAUUUAUAAAGCUUCUUCAAGCUAUUGAUAUUCAUUACGAUGAUGCAAGAACAUUGAUGUCACGGUUUGCGCAGAUGAUUUCACCAUAUUUUGCAUCGACUAAAAGAAGAUUUAACUUUUCAAGGUAUGAUGAUUUGGUAGUAUAUUUGAACAAUAUUGAGGAAGAUUAUAAGUAUUCACUAUUUGAUUCCACUAUUGAUGCAUAUAUCAAGAAACCAGAUGUUAAUGAAUUACCUAGAGCAAAAGAGAACAUUCAUCAAAUGAUAUUUAUUAUCGACUUAACCGACCUUGAAAAGCUAGAAAACCUUAUCAGUUUUCUACGGACAAUGUUUAUUGAAGCCUUUCCUAUUCAAUUUGGAGUUGUUCCUCUAUCAACCUCAAAUGAGCUGAACGAAAAAAUUACAUCUCAAUUAUAUUCAGCCUAUGCAGAAGAUGGUCGGGAAGGUGCCUUUAAAUAUUUGAUUACAUUGAGAAGUUCUCUUGCCGGUGAAAAUCAUCACCCUCCUGAUAAUUUUUCGCAAUUGGAAGAACCCCUACUCAAAGAAAGGCUUGAAAAGCUUGGCUUGUUCUACAAAAAUUUUGGUAUCGAUCAUGAGAUGCCAACAAUAUUCAGUAAUGGAGUAGUUUUCGGUUUUCAUAAGGUGGUGGACGCACUUAACAAUGUAUUUGACGAUAUGUUGUAUCUCUAUGACAUGAAGAGUCAAAUAGGUGAGGGAGAAACCUACUCUGAGUUUUUGAGAAAAGACUCAGUACACUCGAAGGACACCAACAUAGUUCCCGAAAGAAUUUCACAAAUUAAGGGUAAUUUCAUUAAGCCUCCCUCAAUUAUUGCCUCAAAACACUGGUUUUCUACCGACAGGCUGAUAAUUGAGAAGCCAAUCAUUCCUGGACAAGCGCCUAUCACAAUCAAUCUAUUAGGCUCGUUUUUCAACACCGAAUACAUAAGGCAAGUUGAAGAAGUAUUAAGAUACUCGCAAACUAACGAAGGUAUUAAGAUCGUUAUUUCGGAUGUCACUCCAACCAAAGAUUUCAAGAAAUUACUGCAACUUCAAACUGUUGAAGAAAAGAUUAGCUUUCUUUCCACUCUAGUGGAAUCUGAUACUGAGGAUAAUUACAAAAUCAGAGACUAUGUCCGUUUUUGCAAGGAAAUGUUUGGACUCAAUUUUGAGAAAGAAUAUCUCAAUGCAUAUAUAGUGGUUGCAGGAAGGAAAGUACAAAUAAAAAACUUUAUGGAUGUGCAUUCUAUUGAAUCCCUUGUUCACUAUGAGUGUGCUUCUAGAUUGAACGUUUUGAAAGAAUUGGAGAACGAAUUUGACUAUAACGUCCCUUUCAAGAAUGAGUAUGACAGAUUUCAGCAUUUUGCAUGGGUUGUCUCUUAUACUUAUUUUUUCCCUGCUCCGGAACCUUACUCUGCAAGUAACAUCCCACGUUUUCACAGAUACAAGUUUUCCGAAGAAAACACUAUUAUCAAACAAGCUAAAGAUGAACUGAUUGAAGUCGACAUUUUAAUUGACCCAGUUUCUGAGUAUGCCCAGGAACUAGUUUCUUUCAUCCCACUGUUCGAGAAAGAAUCAUUUAUCACACUAAAGGUACAUUUAAGACCUAAAAGGUCCGUUGAUAUUUUACCAAUUAAUAGGUUUUACAAGGAAUUGGUGAAUACUGAUGUUAACCAAGUUUCAGAGAAAAUAAGAUUUGAAAAGGUGCCUGAGAAAACAUUGUUUAAUGUUGAGUUGCACGAAACACAAAGAUGGCUUGUUUCUAUCAACAACGCCUCUACCGAUCUCGACAACUUGAUGCUUGAUCUUACUGAUUCCAAAUCCGCAUUCGGGGAAUUCCUGCUUGAAAAUAUUCUUGUUGAAGGUUAUACUUCAAAUGAUGCUACCGGUUUACCAUUAGAGAUAAGCGGUCCUUCCAAGUAUGAAACGACCGUAUUGGCAAACACUUAUUUCCAACUAAAAGCGAACCCAGGUACGUGGACUAUCAAAAUCAAAGACUACACAAAAGGUUCAUUGGUUUAUAUGAUGACAGAAGAGGUCAAAACUAUCAGCGUUAUUGAACUUGAUGGUACGAUUAUUGACCUGGAUGUUCAGAAGAGAUGGUUGAUGGAAUCGAUCAGUUUAGUUAACCCCCUGAAUGAAACUGGUGUAAAAGCCUUCAGCGAGAAAAUGUAUGCUUACUUCUUUGAAACCAUGGAUUUUAUUUAUUCAUUUAUUAAGCCUACCCAAGCAGAUAUUAAUAUCUUUUCUAUUGCGUCUGGUCAUUUGUAUGAGAGAUUUUUAGGUGUUAUGGUAUCGUCUGUGAUGAAAAAUACAAACAGUUCAGUAAAAUUCUGGUUUAUCGAAAACUACAUGUCUCCUGAUUUCAAGAAAAAACUUCCGUUAUUAUCUGAAAAAUAUGGGUUUGACUAUGAAUUAAUCAUGUAUAAAUGGCCAGUGUGGCUAGAUUCGCAACGUGAGAGGCAACGCACCAUUUGGGGUUACAAAAUUCUUUUCCUUGAUUUGUUAUUUCCUCAAGAUCUCAAGAAAGUUAUUUAUGUCGAUGCGGAUCAAAUUGUCAGGGCAGAUUUAAAAGAGCUUGUGGAUAUUGAUUUAGAAGGUGCACCGUAUGGUUAUGUCCCGAUGUGUGACUCAAAGAAGGAGAUGGAAAGCUUCCGUUUCUGGAAAACUGGAUACUGGAAAGAAUUUUUAGGGCUUAAGUACAAGUAUCACAUUAGUGCAUUAUAUGUUGUUGACCUAGAGAAAUUAAGAGAAGUGGCCGGUGGUAACAUUUUAAGGCAACAGUACCAGUAUUUAUCAAAGGAUCCAGAAUCUUUAAGUAACUUAGAUCAGGACUUACCAAAUUUAUUACAACCGCACCUGAAGAUAUACUCCUUAUCUCAAGAAUGGUUGUGGUGUGAAACAUGGUGUUCUAAUGACACGCUAAAGGAUGCUAAAACCAUUGAUCUUUGUAAUAACCCACAAACAAAAGAACCAAAACUAAACAGGGCCAAAAGGCAAAUCCAAGAAUGGGUUGAGCUGGACCAAGAGAACAUGAUAUUGUUUUCUGGUAGCACUGAGGUAUUAAAGGAGGAUUUAGAGCAUGAUGAGUUGUAA